AUGAGUUCGGUAUUCAGUUGGAGAAGUUACUAUCUUGUUCUUCUUGCUCUCAGAUUUUACUUUGCGCUCGCGAACUCGUACAUCCAUCCAGAUGAGCACUUCCAGAGCAUGGAGGUGAUCUGCAAUAAGAUCCUCCACUACUCUGGUAACCUCCCGUGGGAAUUCACGUCGGGCAACCAGGCAAGAAGUAUGGGCCCAUUGUACUUGAUGUAUGGACCAAUUCUUUAUUCUAUCAAGUGGCUCGGACUGCAACUUACACCUCUCCAGAUCUGGUAUGUGGUGCGAUUGCAAAAUGUCUUCUUAACGUGGAUCAUCACAGACAUGUGCAUUUACCGUCUACUACCAACUAAGCCCGAGAGAAUAAAAGGAGUCUACUUCACCUUAAGCUCGUAUGUCACUUUGGUAUACCAAUCACAUCUAUUUUCCAAUAGUAUAGAAACGUGUCUUUUGCUUCUAGCCAUUGUGAUCAUUAAUAAUUUGAGAUUUGCACAGGAGAUCAAAACCAAAAGUGAUGAGAAUAGUCCCAAUCUGAGCUUGUUAUGGCUUGGGGUUAUUGUUUCCAUAGGAGUCUUCAAUCGCGUCACGUUCCCUGCCUUUCUCGUUUUACCAUUUUGGUACGUGCUCACAUACGUUUGGUGCCAUAAGGUAAGUGGAAUCUAUUUGGCUAUUGGAGCCAUUGUGCCCACGUAUUUGUUCAUCUUGAUCGAUAGUUUGAGCUUUGGAAAGUCAUGGGCUCAAAUCAUAGCUUCCCCGUUCGACUUGGACAGUUACGUUAUCACACCAUUGAACAAUCUAAUAUACAACACUAACUACCUGAACUUGGCUCAACAUGGCAUUCAUCCAUAUUAUACCCACAUUCUUGUCAACUUGCCCCAACUUUUGGGUCCAGGCAUCUUGUUCUUAUUUAAAACGUCUUACUGGAAGACGACACCGUUCUUGAGCAUCGUGAGUGGCAUUGUAGUAUUAUCGCUUGUUCCUCACCAAGAGCUCAGAUUUUUGAUUCCUAUUGUACCUUUAGCCUGUUGCUGUUUUGACCUUUACUCGCAGUCACUUUUGGGCUCCAUAUCGCUCAAGUCGUGGUACAUCUUCAACAUUGCCAUGGCUAUGCUUAUGGGAGUAUUCCAUCAGGGUGGUGUAGUUCCGGCCUUGGAUGAACUCCACUUGCAAUUUCUGGUACAAGUGUGGUGGAGAACGUAUUCCCCACCAACAUGGAUGUUAGGAGAUACAAAUAGCACAAACUUCCACUUGGGUUAUGAGUUGGAUACCUCUAAACAGAACUACGUCUUUGAUAUGAUGGGGACAAAUUAUGACAAAGUGUACCAGUUUCUUGUAGGUUUGAAAAAGCAGAGGGAUAGACCUGUGUACUUUAUUACACCUACAGCUUCGUUCAAUGUCAACUUUAAAAAUCAAGCUCUCAAAUUCAAUCUGACAUGGAACUAUACUUUUCAUUUGGAUAUGGACCAUCUUGAUUUUUCUGAUUAUGAGACUUUGGUCCCAGGCUUGUCGAUUUACGAAAUGUUAUGA